AUGCCUACGUCUCUCCUCUUGGGUCAAGUGAAGAUAAACCAGAGUAGUAACGGGAAAGACCCGCGCGGAACACGUUUUCGUGCGGAGUGGGAAAAGCACCGCCAGCAACGGAGAAGUUCGAAAACCCGGCGGGCGACGCAGCGAAGCGGCUCCGGGCCGCCAGGGGCGACGCAGCGCCAGCCGGUCGGGACAAGCUCCGCCGCACGAGGGCGAGGGGACGGGGAAGACGCGCGGCACGCCGCCGGAGCUCCGCCGCGGACAGCACGCACGCGCUGGCCCCUCCCCGGGGGCGGGGCUGCGCCGGAAGAGGAGCGGCCCGCCGGAAGGGGAGGGCCCGCGCGCUCGAAAGUCGCUGGCGCCGCUCUCAUGUCAGCAGAAGAGGGCGGAAGCGCGGGCUACAGGAUGCGGUUCCUGGUGGCGUUGCUGCUGCUAAGUGUCGCAGUGGACAGAGCUGCGCCGCUGCCUCGUAAGCCAAACGGCAACCCGGGUGACGAUCAUCCUCCGGCUCAGCCUUCGAUGGAAAAAGACUCCAGCCAGACUCCCUCGUCCCCGCCUCCAAAGAAGGAAGCGGCUUCUAAGCCGGGAGAGCCUGGCGGCCCGACGGGGCAGGAGCAGCAGCCCACUAAGGUAGAACCAGACCAGCCGCUGGGGUCGACUACGGCAGCAGUUGCCAGUUCGGCGGGAUCUGGACAGCAGGUCGCUGCAGCCAAUCCCCCCAACGGAGGGUUGGAUAAUCCCCCAAAUCAUCCCGAGACAGCAAACACCAAGUCAACGGGAACUGUACAGCAGCCCCCGCCACCCGAUCCCAAACCGGAGGAAUCUGGUCAGAAGCCCACAAAAGAUGAUUCGGACAAGCACACAGAAGAUUCGGACAAGCACACAAAAGAUGAUUCGGACAAGCACACAGAAGAUGAUUCGGACAAGCACACAGAAGAUGAUUCGGACAAGCACACAGAAGAUGAUUCGGACAAGCACACAAAAGAUGAUUCGGACAAGCACACAAAAGAAGAUUCGGACAAGCACACAAAAGAUUCGGACAAGCACACAGAAGAUUCGGACAAGCACAAAGAAGAUUCGGACAAGCUCAUCUCCAAACCUUCAGAUAAGGAGACCGAGCUAGCUGGAAAAGGACAGAAACCGACUAUUACUUCCAAAGCUGAGUCUGGGGAGAGACCAGCAGGGGACUCUGACUUCUCUUUAAAGCCAGGGAAGUCUUCAGAGCCUCCUGAAGCUGUGGAAACCAAGGACACUGAAGAGGGUGAUACGGAGCCGGAAGAGGGAUCGCCGCUUGAAGAAGACAAUGAAAAGGCGUUGGACCCUUCCUCCAGUGAGAACCGAGAGGGGACGCUUAGGGAGUCUUUGAAUGACGAGAAGGGUGACUCUUAUAAGGACAGUUCCGGAAGCACCGGUGCGGAGAGCAGCCACUUCUUUGCAUAUCUGGUGACCGGAGCUGUUGUUGUUGCUGUCCUCUAUAUUGCUUACCACAACAAACGGAAGAUUAUUGCUUUCGCCCUCGAAGGAAAAAGAUCCAAAGUUACUCGGAGGCCAAAGGCCAGUGACUACCAGCGUUUGAACCUAAAGGUAAGGAAGGAGGAGUCAGGUCUUGGGGUGAUGUGAAACGUCAGUUGGGCCCAGCAGUUGUCAUUGUCCC